CUUGACAGUGUAGUUCCUGGUUGCAUAAAGUCAAGAAUAACCUCCUGUUCGGAUUGUUGUUUUUGUCAUCUUUAAGCUAACAGUGUUUAAUUUCGACCAAUAUGUUUAAAGGUUUCGGGACGUGGUUGGGUUUGGAGAACCCGACAUACACGAAGACACCGGAAGACAAAGAAAACUUGAGUGAAGAGCAGGAAGAGAAGGUGGUAGAGGCACAAAACGAGGUAAACAAACAGCAACCAGCUGACAACGAUGGAGAAGAACCAGAAGCGAACCAGGAGAGCUCUGAGCAGGGCAAAGGACUGGGUGAUUACAUCUUCAGUUUUGCAUCCAGUGCCACGAAGAAGAUCUCCGAGUCGGUGGUGGAGACAGCUCAGACCCUCAAGAAGACUGUGGAAGAAGGGAAAAUCGAUGGCAUCAUAGACAAGACUUUUCUUGGAGACUUCCAAAAGGAGCAAGAGAAGUUUGUACAAGAGAAGAAGGCAAAAAAAUCAGAAGCAGCAGUGCCUCCCUGGGUCGGCUACAAUGAGGAGGAGACGAUCCAGCAACAGAUCCUUGCUCUGUCAGCUGACAAGAGGAAUUUCUUGCGAGACCCUCCCGCUGGUGUUCAGUUCCACUUUGACAUGGAGCAGAUGUAUCCUCUGGCUGCAGUGAUGCUGGAGGAAGACCAGCUCCUCAACCGCAUGCGCUUUGACUUGGUUCCUAAACAUGUGAAGGAGGAGGUUUUCUGGAGGAACUAUUUCUACCGCGUGUCUCUGAUCAAGCAGUCAGCUCAGCUCACAGCGCUGGCAGCCCAGCAGCAGCAGCAGAUGGACGGUGAGGACAGAGGGGCCAAUGCUUCACCUGAGGACGUCGUCUUAACAGACAACGUCAGACCAAAAACUCCACCGGUUUCCAUCAACAGCAUACAGAAGCCACAUCAAGAAGAAGAGGAGGAGAUGUCGGCAAGUCCUGGCGUGUCCGAGUUUGUGAGCGAUGCUUUCGACUCGACGGCCAUCAACCAGGAGGACCUGAGGAAAGAGAUGGAGCAGCUGGUGCUGGAUAAGAAAGACAGCGUCCCUUCUCCUGAUGAUGAGUCAGCUGACUGGGAGAAGGAGCUGCAGCAGGAGCUUCAGGAGUACGAGGUGGUGACCGAGUCAGACAACAAAGACGACCAAUGGGAUCAAGAGAUCGAGAAGAUGCUGCAGGCAGAUGACAGCUAGACAGCUACUGCUUCUGUGUCUCCUGUACAGCGAUGUGGCCCAGAAUGGAUGAAUAGUGACCGGCGAUGCACAAGGGGAUGAACUUCCACAUCCUCUGCCCCACCCGACUGUGAUUGCUAUCUUGUAAACAUUCUCCUGUUCCUGAUGAAGGUGUAGCUCCAAUAGCAAGAGUGCGUCAUCUCUGCUCAACAGCGGUUCUGUUCAGGGCGUUUUACUUUGUUGAUCCUUCCUGAACGAGUUUUUUCUCACCUUGCUUCCCCUACCCUCUCUGUCUGUUCUGAUGGGAAACGCUGCUAGAGGGCGCUGCAGCACAAGUUCCAAGAAUUUUAGCGCAAGUUUCAAAUGAAAACUGAAAUUUUAUGUUUCCACAGCUGCUCUCCGGUGGGUUGUACACUAAAGUCUUAGUGUAGUUACAGUACAGUCAAAUCAAAUGUAAAGUUGCAUUUAUGUAAAUAAAGAGGAUUCUAACACUGUAAUUCUAGUUUCAUUUCCCUCUCUUUACAUCUGCUUGGCUCUUUACAUUCUGUAUCGUAUUUUACCAGUGUGCUUGUCUUUACUUUGUUUCUCUGCAGCUGAAAUACUGUACAUCUUCUGUUCUGUUAUUUCUGUUGUCUGUCAUCCUUAAUAAAUAUUUAUCUGUA